CAAACUACAGAUGACAAAAAUAUGAGCAACAAGAUUAAUUACUGAGUACAUUUAUUCUUUUUGGUUUUGAGAGGGUGAGGAAACAGGUGGAUGGAUGCUUUAGUACACCAGGAACCUGAUGCACAGCAGUACUGUUAUCCAUCAACUAAUGGAUCCUGUUUUAAAGGCAAUCAACCCAUUGCAGCACAGGUCAUCUUGUAUAUUUUCUUUGUGACAGGAAUGAUUAUCACAAUUUUUGGGAACUUGGUCGUCAUCAUCUCCAUUGCGCACUUUAAACAGCUCCAUACACCAACAAACAUACUGGUGAUGUCUUUGGCAGUGGCAGACCUGCUACUUGGAAUGAGUGUGAUGCCCUUCAGCAUGAUCAGAUCUGUUGAAGGCUGCUGGUACUUUGGGGAUGCCUUCUGUUUACUGCACUCCAGUUUUGAUAUGUUCCUUACAUCAGUCUCUAUUUUUCAUCUGAUUUCCAUUGCCAUAGACCGCUAUCAGGCUGUGUGCAAUCCACUGCAUUAUUCCACAAGAAUAACCAUCCCCAUUGCAUGGCUCAUGAGUGCUCUGAGUUGGAUCAUCGCAGCUGCAUAUUCCUAUGGUCUUCUUUAUUCAAAGGCAAAUGUGAAGGGCCUGGAAGACUACAUUGCAUCGAUAUAUUGUUUGGGUGAUUGUGUUCUUUUAUUUAAUGCUUUAUGGGGUGCUCUGGACACUUUGAUAGCAUUUUUUUUGCCUUGUUUUGUUAUGAUGGGUUUGUAUACAAAAAUAUUUUUGGUGGCCAGGGAGCAUGCAAGAAAGAUUGAAGACAUGAAACAUAAAAUAACAGUGAAUGAGGAAAAUAGGAACAAACCGUCUCAACGUUCUGAGCAAAAAGCAGCAAAGACACUGGGGAUUGUAGUGGGUGUCUUUAUUAUUUGCUGGUUGCCUUUCUUUGUAAAUUCAUUAAUUGAUCCUUACACUAACUUUGCCACGCCUGCCAUUGUUUUUGAUGUAUUUGUUUGGCUCGGUUACUUUAAUUCCACUUUAAAUCCUAUCAUUUAUGCAUUAUUUUAUCCUUGGUUCCAAAAAACACUAAAGCUCAUUGUUACUUUUAAAAUAUUCACUCCACAUUCCUCAAAUAUCAACGUAUUUCCUGAAAGGUGAUUGUCUGUAAGGUGGUCUUCCAUACUAAUUUUUCAGUACGUAAAAAUGCAGUCAUACUGUAUGAGCUUCCCUUUAUCUUUAUCUUGUAGAGCUUUAUUAGAGUGGAAUUCUUAAUACCAGCUUUGAAUUAAUUACCUAUUCAUUCUAGUUUCAACAAGUCCAACAUAUGGGAUUUUAUCAGUGUACAUCUGAGAUGCUACAUUAUUUGACAAUUUAUCAGACAUACUGUACAUAUUUGAGCAACUUGGAAUAUACAUCAUGACAUCCUCUAAAAUUAUAAUUUUUUAACAGGGUGAUUGCAGGUGGACACCAUCUAAGUGAUAUUCACUUUCAUAGAAACUCAGUUUUUACAGUUGAUUGACAACUGAUUUAAGUGUUCCUGUGCGCUCUUUUUCUAGUAACUGAUUUAUACAUUUUGUACAAGCUAAUUUAUAACUUCACCUGGAAAGUUAUCAAUUUAUCAAAUAACUGCCAGGCAAAUGUGUGUGUGUGUUUUUUUUAAUAGUCUGAUGUAUUUUAGUAAUGUUAUCGAGAAUUGAUAAAUGUUGUUUCGUGUUGCCUUCUGAACAACACACCUAAUGAAAUUAUGCAUACAUUUCAGGACUGGUGCUUAUAUUUUGUGCAAACUGCUAUUGCAUGUUGCUGUGUCAAGUAAAAUGCAUGUCUGAUGAAAUAUUCAUAAUUUCAGCCAAUUGCCACCUGCCUGAACUCAGACAUGUUAACAUGAACACACCUGCCUACUAUUACAGUAGCUCCCCAUCACGAAAUGGAGGCCUUGGUUUAAAACAAACAAGAUGUUUGUUUCACCAGCAUCUGAGAUUCAGCGAAUUGUAAACCUGCUUGGAACACCUCAGGACACCAGGGAACCCAGAAAACAACUGUAAGUUUGCCUCUAUAGGAGAGAAGAACUGCAGCUACUGGAUGCAGAUACCUAGAAAGAGAGCACAUACUUGCAUGCACUGUCCCUAAUAGAAGAUCUGUGGUACUGAGGUGUAAUAUCUUGUCAAGAAGUAUUUUGGGGUGAAAAAUCACAAAAUAAUUAUUACAUGAAACUGAACUGUG